AUGGCCUACGACCCCUUUGUCAAAAUCUGUCGCCCCCUCAUUACCAGAGAUAUAGGUUAUAUGGAAGCACAAAACCACACACGUGUGUCAGAAUUUCACCUCAUGGGCUUCUCCGAGGAUCCAGAGAUGCAGCCCCUCCUCGUAGGACUGUUCCUCUCCAUGUACCUGGUCACAGUGCUCGGGAACCUGCUCAUCCUCCUGGCUGUCACCUCAGACUCCCACCUGCACACACCCAUGUACUUCUUUCUCUGCGGCCUGUCCUUGGCUGACGUGGGGUUCACCUCCACCACGGUUCCCAAGAUGGUUGCAGACAUCCUCACCCACAGCGCAGCCAUCUCCUAUGCCGGCUGCCUGACCCAGAUGUUCAUGUAUGUCCUCUUUGGAUGCAUGGAUGAUGUGCUCCUGUUGGUGAUGGCCUAUGACCGGUUGGUGGCCGUCUGUCACCCCUUGCAUUACCAGGUCAUCAUGAACCCUCACCGCUGUGGCUUCCUACUUUUGCUGUCCUUGAUGGCCAGCCUUUUGGAUUCCCUGCUGCAGACUUUGGUUCUCCUGGGGGUUACUUGCUUCAGUGGAGUGGAGAUUUCUAAUUUCUUCUGUGACCCUUCUCAACUUCUCAACCUUAAUUGCUCUGACACCUUCAGCAGUGACAUAGUUGAAUAUCUCGUUGCCAUCAUAUAUGGUUUUGUCCCUGUGUCGGGGAUCUUUUACUCUUACUCUAAAAUUGUCUCCUCCGUUCUGAGGGUCCCCUCUCCAGGUGGCAGGUACAAAGCCUUCUCCACCUGUGGCUCUCACCUGACAGUGGUUUGCUUAUUUUACGCAACGGGCAUUGGUGUUUGUAUCAGUUCAACUUUGUCACUUUCUGCUUGGAAGCGUGCUGUGGCCUCUCUGGUGUACACCGUGGUCACCCCCAUGUUGAACCCUUUUAUCUACAGCCUGAGGAACAGGAACAUGAAGAGGGCCAUGAGGAGGCUCCUCAGCAAUGCAGUUGGGGUCCCUGUGCCAUGCCGUAUACGUCUGCGGGUUCCCAAGACCAAAGAACAUGAGUACAUCUCCAGUAAGUUGCUGAUUGGUUUAUUCCUCUGA